AUGGCUGAAGCCCAGACAACAGGUGAGAAUGGAUGCUUCACAGCCCAGGUGAAUACCUCAGCUUUUGUGCUGGCACCAUCUAGCCAGUUCAGCCCAUACCUCCAAGUGCGAGCCAUUGUGACUGAAAACAACACAGCAAGAUAUGCUAAAGUGUCCCAAAACUGCUGGAUAGCUGAGGACCUCAUCACUGUGCGAUUCCCCAAUGCCAAGAGAUACUACCACCCCGGAGCCCCCUACUCUGGAAAAAUGAAAUUUCAAAGCGUCAUGGGGAAGGUCCAGGGCGAUGAGCCUGUCUACCUGGUUAUCCAGUACCAGGGGAAAAGGGAGGUGAAGACCUACCGCACGGAUGACAAGGGAGAGGUCGCCUUCACCCUGGACACAUCCGCCUGGGGGAAGACUGGCCCUGUCACUCUGCAGGGGACGAACAAGAAAGAAACCUCUGAGGAUUCUCCAGGGAACACACCUCCAUGUCAUAGUGGCAGCUACACCCUGAAGCUGGAUGCCUUGGAUGCCUCCAGCGGCAGCCUGGUGGUGAUCAGACCAGAGCAGGGGGUCCACCCCUGCGGGAAAGACCUCCGGAUCCAAGUGGGCUACGUCAUCAGACCCGAGGAGUUGGAGUUCAAGGCUACCCAUCUGAAUGUCUACUAUCUGAAAGGCCAGUAA